CGCUGAGUCGCUGUUGCUCGGGGGAGCGGGCUCCCCCGGUCUUCUCCUCCUUCCUCCUCCUGCUCCUCCUCGCCCGUGGACCGCUCGCUGGGUCGCGCGGUGACCCAGGCAGAGUAGGACAUCUCCUUCCUUCCACCCUGGACGUCUUUCCUCGCGCCUCGUCUCGCCCUUUCCUCCUCUUGGAUGCUUAUUCCAGCCUCUCCCACUCUCCGCCGCCCUCCUCGUCCUCGUCGCCCUUCUCCUGCUCUCCAAGUAGCAGCUGCGGCCAUCGCCGUCGGGGCUGCUCCGGCGCCAUGCACACGGUGCAGAAGGACACUACCUUCACGAAGAUCUUCGUCGGGGGGCUGCCCUACCACACCACGGACUCCUCGCUGAGGAAGUACUUCGAGGUGUUCGGCGACAUCGAGGAAGCCGUCGUCAUCACGGACCGGCAGACGGGAAAAUCCCGGGGAUAUGGCUUCGUGACCAUGGCUGACAGAUCUGCAGCCGAAAGGGCUUGCAAGGAUCCCAACCCCAUCAUUGACGGCCGGAAAGCAAACGUGAACCUUGCCUACCUGGGAGCAAAACCAAGGAGUAUUCAAACUGGUUUCACCUUAGGGGUGCAGCAGCUACAUCCAGCUCUCAUCCAGAGACCUUAUGGGCUCGCACACCACUUCAUCUACCCUCAAGCCAUCGUCCAGCCCAGCGUGGUCAUCCCGACCCCCGUACAGUCGAUGACAUCUCCCUACAUAGACUACGCAACGGCGACCCAGGCCUACUCGCAAUUCACCGCCACCGCUGCCUACGACCAGUAUCCGUACGCUGCCUCUCCCGCUGCUGGAUUCAUGGGAUAUGGCUACACAGGGGCUGUCCAGCCACCUCUCACCGCCUCCAAUCCUGCAGUGGCCGCUUCCACCGCCUUCAUGCAGUAUCCAACCACACAGCUGCAACCCGACCGUAUGCAGUAGAUCACCUCCACCCUUUUGGAGAAGGACUAUUUCUUUCUUCCCAUGAUGGAGUGGAAAUAUUUUUUUUUUCUUUAGAGGGGGUGGGGAUCGGGGUUCGAAUCCGUGAGAUGAAAGAGGAAAGCAGUUCAAAAUAAAUAAACCGGAGUUUCUUAAAAGACUUUUUUAGGAAGAAUGCAUAUCAAUACCUAAGCUAUUUAUAGUGUUACAGGCAAGCUUUGCAAAAGGAAAGGAAAAGAAAAAAAAGACAUUCAUAACAAAGGAACUUUCGUAAGCUCUCUCAUUUUUUUAAAAUGAAGACAAAUAAUUGUUGCAGAGGUGGACUGUAAGCGACUUAAAGAGGAAAACUACAGGUUUGGGCACACUUAAAUCAGUCUGCUUCCACCGCCCAUCAUUUUCUCACUCCCUGCUUUUAUGCACUACUUAACUCUAUUGAACUCUGCAGGCUGGUCAUUUGCUCUUGCCACAGAAGGUACCCGGAGAAUACAAUAAUGGGGAAAAAAUGCAACCUUUUUCUUUUUGGCUCCUCUUAAAAACAUUGUAAUAUUCAAGAUGCCUUACGGAGGAAAGAAAGAAAGAAGAACCUAUUUUAAUAUUUAUUGUGAUCUUUUUUAUUAUUAUUAUUCACGGGAGCUGUGAAGUGCAGGUGGAAGAAUAGUAAUAUCUGCCUUGUUUAAUUCUCAACUAAAUUAUUGUAUGUAGGUGAAGAAAAAACGUUCCUAAGUAACGCUAAAUCACUUUCAACAUGCAAAAAAAAGGGAAUAUUGGCUCGAAGGACGAUGGGAUAUUCCUUUAGUCAACGCACUGUAAUUUUCUCUCUUCUUCUUCUUGUAAUUGUUACUCUUUUAAGAUUAUCUCAAAAGUUUUAGGUAUAUUUUUUAAAGCAAAAAAAAAGGAAGGGGAAAAAAAGAAUGCUGAACAUAUUGUCUACUUU